GGAGGAUCCAAAACCAAUCCUGAGUACAGAAGUUUGGGUGAUCAUGCCGAGUCUGUGCAGGUGGUAUAUGAUGAAAGGCUAAUCAGCUUCAGGCAACUGUUGGAGGUUUUCUGGUCUAGUCAUGAUUAUAGACAAGUAUUUGGGCAAGGUCCUGAUGUGGGUAACCAAUACAGAUCUAUCAUUUUUACGAAUGGAACUGAAGAGUCUAGAUUGGCUUCUGUAAGCAAAGGGAGAGAGCAAACUAAGUCAAAGAGCAGCAUUGUCACUGCUCAAAUCCAACCACUUGGAACAUUUUAUCCUGCUGAGCCUGAACAUCAGAAGUUUGAGCUGAAGCGCAGGCCAGUCCUUCUUCAACUAAUGGGAAACUUGCCUGAAGAGGAACUUGAGAGGUCACAUUUGGCAGCGAAACUGAAUAGCUAUGCUGCAGAGCUUUGCCCUCCAAAUAUUCAGAAGAAGAUUGAUGUAAAGAUCACUGAGAUUAUUAAAAAAGGAUGGCCAAUUUUGAGUGACUUGUAGGUGGCCUUUGCGGUAGAGUUUUAGGUCUCGCAUUUGUACACCAUUUAUAUGCCUGGUCAAGCUGGUUUCCCGAGUACCCCUAUCUGUAGAAUAGGCAAUCCAAUUCAUCAGUGCUCUUUGCCCAGUCUGGCUCGUCAUUAUGUAUGCAUCUAGAAAUCUCCGAUCACAUAAAGUACGAUGAUCAUUCAGUGUCUUCUAACUCAUAUAAAUUUAUUCAUUUUUCUCGACACUGAUUGUUGUUUCUUUUAAUGUCAUGGCUAAAUGAAUAUACUGAAGCUCUAUUGGUCUCA